ACAGGCUAUCUUCCUAAUAGCUGGUGACGCAUCAUCUCGUUCCAGUGAUUACCGCACCAAACCUUUUCUCCGAAACACGACUAGCUUCGUGGAAUCAUAUUGAGACGAAAAGGAUCGAUAAUCGGGAAAGAAGAUAUACAUACGCGUCGCGAGGAUGUCCGGUCUAGAUGUAGAAGCCCUUCUCGAAGCUUCAGAGAGCAAUAAGCCAAGACAGCAACCUGAUCGAAACAACAGUUCUCCUUCAUCCCCGAGGCCGGAACGCAACGGCGGCGGAAGCGUUAAGUCCUCCUCGUCCAGAAGGGACAAGGACCGGAAUAGGGACGAUAGGGGCGAACGUCACAGAAGAAGAAGCCGGAGCAGAGAGAGUGGUGACAGACGUCGUAGGGAUUCUUACUACGAGGACCGUGAUGAGUAUUAUGAGUCUUCGUCGCGCUACAGGCACCGAUCCCGCGAUGACCGCGACGACGACAGAUACUACUCCUCUAGACGCGACCGCCGUGACAGAGACUACUACGAUGAGCGCGAUAGGGACGACCACCGCGACAAAUCGGAACGUACGCCCAGGAGGUCAAGGAGCCCGCGCAAGCGUGGCGGUGAGCGUGGUGCAGGAAGACCCAGGACCAGAAGUCGCUCUCCACAAUUGACAGAAGACGAGCGCGAUCGUCGUACCGUGUUUGUUCAGCAGCUGGCUGCGAGACUGAGGUCCAAGGAACUGAUUGCUUUCUUUGAAAAGGUUGGCCCAGUCAAGGAAGCUCAGAUUGUCAAGGACAGAGUUAGCGGCAGGUCGAAAGGUGUUGGCUACGUCGAGUUCAAGGAUGAAGCUUCUGUGCAAAAGGCUAUUCAGUUAACCGGACAGCGUUUACUCGGUAUUCCCGUCAUCGCACAGCUCACGGAAGCAGAGAAGAAUCGACAGGCUCGUGUCAACGCGACUGAGUCGAACUCGGCGAAUCAGGUUCCGUUCCAUAGGCUAUAUGUCGGCAACAUCCACUUCAGCAUUACCGAAGCCGAUCUCACCAACGUCUUCGAGCCUUUCGGCGAGCUGGAAUUUGUUCAACUUCAAAAGGAGGAUAGCGGAAGGAGCAGGGGUUAUGGUUUUGUCCAGUUCCGCGAUCCCAAUAAUGCGCGCGAGGCUCUUGAGAAAAUGAACGGCUUCGAUUUGGCUGGCCGUCCCAUCCGGGUUGGCCUUGGCAACGACAAGUUCACGCCCGAAUCCACCGCACAGAUGCUCCAGCGCUUCUCCGGUUACAAUCAGGGAUUCCAGGGCUCUGCUUUCGAGUCCCGUAACCGCGGUACUGAUCGUGUUGGCCGUGCAGACGAUAAAGCCACCGGAACUGGCGCAAGUGCGCUCGACGAUACCGAUGUUGCAGGAGUAAAUUUCAAUAAUUAUAGCAGAGAUUUACUUAUGCGCAAGUUGGCUCGACAGGAUGAUCCUCCGGAGAGGAACGGCGCCGGAAAAGAUGCCCCCAGGCAGCGAGCUCCCGACACGGUUGUCCACGCCCAGAAGCCACUCCCAGUGAACGUGCCAAUGGCCAGUAGAUGUGUUGUUCUGAAGAACAUGUUCGAUCCCGCCGAGGAAACCGGAGAAGCGUGGAUCAAAGAACUUGAAGAUGACGUUAAGGGCGAGUGCGAGGAGAAGUAUGGCCACGUUGUUCACAUAUCUCUUGACCCCAACAGCCAGGGCGAGAUCUACAUCAAGUUUGAUAAAGUCAACGGCGGCGAGAAGGCGAUCCAGGGACUCAACGGACGGUUCUUCGGAGGCAGGCGAAUUUCCGCCUCCCCUGUUGUCGACGCGGUGUACGCCAGUUUGUUCGGUAGGGCGAGUAGUAGGGCGUAAGCUCUACUCU